CAAAUCUCAUCGCCUCUCUAUGUGAUGCUCUCACAGUGAGGAAGAUUCCUGGGGCUAUAAAGAUGAAGAGCCUACUUCUUCUGGUGCUGAUUUCAAUCUGCUGGGCUGAUCAUCCUUCAGACAACUAUACUCUAGAUCAUGGCAGAGUUAUUCACAUCCAAGCAGAAAAUGGCCCCCAUCUACUUGUGGAAGCAGAACAAGCCAAGGUGUUCUCACAUAGAGGUGGCAAUGUUACACUGCCAUGUAAAUUUUAUCGAGACCCUACAGCGUUUGGCUCAGGAACCCACAAAAUCCGAAUUAAGUGGACCAAGCUAACUUCAGAUUACCUCAAGGAAGUGGACGUGUUUGUUUCCAUGGGAUACCACAAGAAAGCCUAUGGAGGCUACCAGGGUAGAGUGUUUCUGAAGGGAGGCAGUGAUAAUGAUGCUUCUCUGGUGAUCACAGACCUCACCCUGGAGGAUUAUGGGAAAUAUAAGUGCGAGGUGAUUGAAGGAUUAGAAGAUGAUACUGCUGUGGUAGCAUUAGAUUUACAAGGUGUGGUAUUCCCUUAUUUUCCACGACUGGGGCGCUAUAACCUCAACUUUCACGAGGCACAGCAGGCCUGUCUGGACCAGGACGCCGUGAUUGCCUCCUUCGACCAGCUGUACGACGCGUGGCGGGGCGGGCUGGACUGGUGCAACGCCGGCUGGCUCAGCGACGGCUCGGUGCAGUACCCCAUCACCAAGCCGCGGGAGCCCUGCGGAGGCCAGAACACUGUGCCCGGGGUCAGGAACUACGGGUUUUGGGAUAAAGAUAAAAGCAGAUAUGAUGUGUUCUGUUUUACAUCCAACUUCAAUGGCCGUUUUUACUACCUGAUCCACCCCACCAAGCUGACCUAUGACGAAGCGGUGCAAGCUUGUCUCAACGAUGGUGCUCGGAUUGCGAAAGUGGGCCAGAUAUUCGCAGCCUGGAGACUUCUGGGAUACGACCGCUGCGACGCGGGCUGGUUGGAGGACGGCAGCGUGCGCUACCCCAUCUCCAGGCCAAGGAGGCGCUGCAGUCCUACCGAGGCUGCAGUGCGCUUCGUGGGUUUCCCAGAUAAAAAGCAUAAGCUGUACGGUGUCUACUGUUUCAGAGCAUACAAUUGAGCGUGCCCCUAGAGCACGUCAAGUCUAAAGUCAUUAAGAACAUGUGAAAGGUUUUUUUGUGUUUUUUUUUUCAAUAUGAACUCAUGCAAGUUACCAAAACUGUGAUAAUCCUUUUUUACUUACUGUAAAGAGUCAUUUUCAUAAAGAUCAAUUCAUUAAUUUGUUUUUGUAAAGCUAUCAUUCAAUAUAUAUUAUAAAUUAAUAUAAUUUUAAGGGAGGCCCUACAUAAGGAGGUUUGAGAGCCAAACUGUUCAGGCUGUAUCAUCCCCACAAAGUAUCUUUUCAUGAACGGGGCAUGCAAUAACUUGAGGAUUGCUAGGAUUAAAUUAAGGAAAGUAAAGCUACUCGGAGCAGCAGCUUCCACAAGCACAAAUUUUACACAUUUGUACAAUUUUGAAAUGCAUUACAAUAAACAAAUUAGAGCAACUGAUUUGAAAUACAGGCUUCUUUACAUAAACUGAGAUUCUGAGAGGUUGCACAAAACUCAAUCUCACAAGGGAAUAAUCUACACUUUUCUAAAAGUUAAUAUUUCAAGUCUCUAAUAGAAUAUUUUACUCUUUAAAAUCCUGCCUUUUUGACC